AGCUUUUUUACCCAGGAAGACCAAAGGGCUCCUUGCCUGGAUGAGCAGGGAGAGGCCUGGGAGCAGGAAACCUCAGGAGAGUGAUAAAGGAUGAAGGAAACAGGGAUGAAAUGGCAGGAUAGUGGAUGGUGGAAAAGCUGCCUGGAAACUCAGAGUCUGGGAGAACUCCCAGGGUCGGGGGAGCUUCCCUAUGGAUUAGGGAGAUGGAAAGUUGGUGCCACAGGGCAAAGCCCAGGCUGAGGGCACUGCCUAGAGCAGGAGCAGGAAUUGGGGCUGUGCAGAAGGAGGGAGGUCUUAAGGCUUGGCAAGGGCAGGAUAGGAGGAAGGGGAGCUGCAGGAGCAGCCCUGCAGAGCUUUGGGAAUUGCAGGAGCUCUGAUGGAGCCCAGCCCAGGGAUGGUGUCGGGUCAGACCCUGCAGAGGUUUGGGAAUUGCAGGAGCUCUGAUAAAUCAACCCAGGAAUGGUGUCAGGUCAGAUCCAGCAGAGCUUUGGGAAUUGCAGGAGCUCUGAUAAAAUACAAACCAAGUGAUGGUUCCAGGGUCAGAUCCAGCAGAGGUUUGGGAAUUACAGGAGCUCUGGUAAAGCCCAGCCCAGGGAUGGUGUCGGAGUCAGAUCCAGCAGGAGCACUCUCUUCCAGUGCCUCCAUCCUUCUCAAGAAAAUCAGUCUGCCCCAGCAUCACCACCUCCCCCUCAUUCCCAAAAAUCUGUGUUAGUGGCACAGAGGGAUAGAGAGGAAAACUCGCUCUGGAGCGGCUGCUCCUUGUCCCAUCCCGGCAGGAGCUGUCCCUGUCCCAGCAGAGCAUGUCCCCAGCACUCGGUAGCCACCCUGCCUGCUUUGGAAGCCCCCCUGGUCCGGGCUGCUCCCCCCAUUCUGCCCCUGCCCGCGGCGCGUUUUUCCCUGUUUUCCCCCGGGUUGGCCCAUUGCCUUUAAAAGGCGAAAUGCUCCGCACUAAAUUUGGGCAUGCGGCUCUGGCCGCUUCCCUGGAAUGUCCUCGGGUUUCAGGCUCCCCCGCUCCCCCCUUCCCCGCCUCCCGCCCGCUCCAUUGGCUUCCCGGCUCCCUAACCGCCGCCGGACCCCGGCAUUGGCCAGCCCCGGGUUGUCCCCUCUGGAAAACCAGGGAGAGCCACCGGGAUUUAACACUUGAGCACCUGCUGCCCCCCGGGAAGCAGCUUCGGGAGCUUCGGCUUCUGAUUUUUUCUCUCCUGCCUCGGGAACCCCAAAACCGCCACCGUGUCUCGCCAGAGGGCCAAGAUGUCCAAGGUGGCCAAGUACCGGCGCCAGGUCAGCGAGGACCCGGACAUCGACAACCUGCUGUCCACGCUGUCCCCGGAGGAGAUGGAGGAGCUGGAGAAGGAGCUGGACGUGGUGGACACCGAGGGGAGCGGCCCCGCUGAGAAGAAUCAAGCGGAAAACUCCUCCCCCGGCCCCCAAAACUGCGACCCGGAGCUGAACCACCACAGCAGGGAGCCCAGGAGGGUCCUGCGCAGGGAGCAGGCCGUGGAUGAAACCAGGCUGAGCGAGAGCAAAGGAGACAAAAAUGAAGAAGAAAAGGGAAAGGAAACUCCCCCCAAAGACCUGGCCCAGAAACGAGACCCCAAAGUGGGCAAAGACUCCAAAAAGGAGGAAAGUGUUCAGAAAACAGAGCCCAAAGGUAAAGCUGAGCCUGAGCCCAAGAGCAAAGAGAACAAAGCCAUGAACGAUAAAGUGAAAGCCAUGGAGAAAAAGCUGAUGGGGAAGGACAAGGAGGAAGAGAAGGGCUCAGUGCUGAAGAAGGACACAGGGAAGGACCACAAGGAGGAAGAGAAGAGCUCAGCAUUGAAGAAGGAGGCAGGGAAGGAUAAAAAGGAGGAGAAGGGCUCAUAUGUAAAGAAUAAGGAUGCAGGGAAGGAGAAAAAGGAAGAAGAGAAGGGCUCAGCAGCAAAGGAUACAGGGAAGGACAAAAAGGAAGAAAAGGUUUCAGCAUCCAAGAAGGACACAGGGAAGAACAAAAAGGAGGAGGAGAAGAGCUCAGAACCAAAGGGACAGGCAGAGAAAGCCACGGGAGGGGAAGGGGAGAAAGACAAAGAAAAAAAAGAAGAGGAAAAGGGUUCAGCUGGGAAAACAGCCAGGGUGGAGGAGAAGGAGAAACCCCGGGCAGAGGCAGAAGAGGCGGCGGCGGAGAAGCGGGAGGGCAAGGCGGGACCCCCCAAAGCCGCGGAGCCGCCCAAGGACGACGAGGCCUCGAGCAUCUUCGACGAGCUCAUCGAGAAGGUGAAGAACAACGACGCCGAGGUGACCGAGGUGAAUGUCAACAACUCCGACUGCAUCAACAAUGAGACCCUGGUGCGCUUCACCGAGGCCCUGGAGUUCAACACCGUGGUCAAGGUGUUCGCCCUGGCCAACACCCGCGCUGACGACCACGUGGCCUUUGCCAUCUCCAUCAUGCUCAAGUCCAACAAGGUGCUGACCAGCAUCAACCUGGACUCCAACCACAUCACGGGCAAGGGCAUCCUGGCCAUCUUCCGAGCGCUGCUGCAGAACGACACCCUGACCGAGCUGCGCUUCCACAACCAGCGGCACAUCUGCGGCGGCAAGACUGAGAUGGAGAUUGCCAAGCUGCUCAAGGAGAACACCACCCUGCUCAAGCUGGGCUACCACUUCGAGCUGGCCGGGCCGCGCAUGACCGUCACCAACCUGCUGAGCCGCAACAUGGACCGGCAGCGGCAGCGGCGCCUGCAGGAGCAGAAGCUGGCGCAGGAGAGGGGCGAGAAGAAGGACCUGCUGCAGGUGCCCAAGGCCGGGGCGCUGCCCAAGGGGUCCCCCAAGGCGUCCCCGCAGCCGUCGCCCAAGGCCUCCCCCAAGAGCUCCCCCAAGGCAGGGGGGGCCCCCGCGGCGCCGCCCCCGCCGCCCCCUCCGCUCGCCCCACCCCUGAUCAACGAGAACCUGCGGAACUCGCUGUCCCCAGCCACGCAGAGGAAGUUGGGGGACCGGGCGCUGCCGGCACAGGAGAAGAACUCGCGGGACCAGCUCCUGGCAGCCAUUCGCUCCAGCAACCUCAAACAGCUCAAGAAGGUGGAGCUGCCGAAGCUGCUGCAAUAGGGGAGGGGGAGGUGUCCCCCCACGGCCCCCGCGGGACCCCCGGACCCUCCCCCUCCUCCAGACUGUUCCCACGGCGAGCCCUCGGGGUCCUGCGGUGACGGCGGGGGGAGCAGGGACCCCGCGGGGCCGCGCGGGCGGGGCCGGGCCCGGCGGGACGCGGCGCAGGACGUUGUAUUUAUUUUUUGGGACGGCUGGGAAGCCCUUCCGGCUCUUCCUUCUGCCAGCAGCACCCGGAGAUGCCACGGGCAGGGCUGGUCCUUAGGGAAUACCCCCUAAGGUUGGCACCCUCCACGAAGGGGCCAGCAGGGGGAACCCCCGGCUUUGGGGGCACAGGGGACACCCAGGGUGCUGUCACAUCCCUUUUGGGGGCACAGGGGACACCCAGGGUGCUGUCACAUCCCUUUUGGGGGCACAGGGGACACCCAGGGUGCUGUCACGUCCCUUUUGGGGGCACAGGGGACACCCAGGGCGUUGUCACGUCCCUUUGGGGGGCACAGGGGACACCCAGGGUGCUGUCACAUCCCUUUUGGGGGCACAGGGGACACCCAGGGUGCUGUCACGUCCCUUUUGGGGGCACAGGGGACACCCAGGGCGUUGUCACGUCCCUUUGGGGGGCACAGGGGACACCCAGGGUGCUGUCACAUCCCCAUGAGGUCUCUGGGUGGCCGGGGGAGUUUUGGGGUCUGGGCACA